AUGGCCAAACGUGUCGCGCCCGUGCCGUUGGCGUUGUACGUGUUGGUCGGCUGUUUUCGAAACACGUGCAGCGGCGCGCCGUGUCGCUCAUGUCCGGACGCCGCCGUACACGCGAGGUAUGAUGUUCACGGGUAAACGACGCCCGCGACCGGCGGACCGGAAUUUGAAUCGCGACGGCCGUUUUGAACCUUGUGUGUGUUAUUUGUUGCGCAGAACCGACGCGGCGGACGGGGAUCCGGUUCCCGGAGGUUACGAGGUGUACAGGAGACCGGACCUGCCGUGGGCGACCAAUUACGGGACGGCGCUGACGUCCGUCACCGAUCGCGCCGCGGCCAGACGCGAUCCGGGACCCCGGAAUUCUAAGUAACGCGUUUCGUCGACGAGCGCGGCCGCGAGCAUCCCGACGCUGCGGCCGCUCGUUUUUUUACUAUUCGUAUUUUUCCCGUAAAACAGCGCGAUUUCGCAAUGUCCGGCAAGUACGUAGUUGGACGUAUUUACACCGUCGUAUUCGUCGCACGGGAAGAAAACGUAAUUUAAAAAUAUCAACUGGCCCCGAUUUCGCGUCGCAUAACGUUCUUGAAACUUCUGAAAUUCGGACCGAGUCGACUCACAAUGUGUUUACGCUAAAGUUUUGAAUUUUUUUCUCCGAUAAACGUAAACGGGUUAAAUCGAAUACUAACGCAAAAAAAAAAAAAAAUUCUCGAAAAGGCCGUAGUUCGUGACUCCGCCUUGUCUGUUACAAUAUCGCCCAAUAAUUAUAGCCGAUUGCUCGUACGAAUUAGAACAACUACGGUUAUAUUUAUCAGAUCGGCAUGCAGCGCGGUGCCGCAGGCGUGUCGGGAUAAGUCUACGAGACCGGGUUCGAAGGGAACGCCGACGCGCGGCGGUAAGUGCGCCGGACACCGCAAGUCGACUGUCGGUGAUGUCGACCGAACGCGCGGUCGAUCGGCCGACGGCUACGGCCGUAAGACGCCGAAAACCGUCAAAACCCGACGGACCGCUAAGUGCAAGAAGAGGAAAAGUCUCCAGCGUAACGCGGCCGGAUCGCCCGAGAUCACCGGUGCCGGCGACGACGACGGCGACGGCGACGACGGCGACAACGGUAUGUACGCGUUUCGAUUUUUUUUAUUCGAAACUAUCGCGAUUGCGUGUACAAUAGUAGAAUUAUAGCAGUUUCCCGUGUAAGCGCGACGAGAUAUUCGAAUAGAACGACGUAUGUUACGAUGAACACGGUGCGUUCGCGCAGUCUCGCGACAGUAACGGCGUGACGGUCGCAUUCACGGUGGCCGGCCGUAUUUACUAAAUUACGUUGUACACACAAAAACGGUACGGUCCACGAGAGUAGAAACCACGGUUGCGAAUUUCGCAACUGUCGUUUACCGCGAUGUAAUAGUAGGCAACGUAAUACGCUAUAACACGCGGAUCAACGGACACGGACGCCGAUUUUGUGCGAUUUGAAAACUAUUUUAAAUGGCCGCCUUACCGAUGACAAUGUCGCGCUGCUAACCCGCCGCUCGAUGCCCGUUUGGACGGAUAGUGUCUGAAUGCGCGAAAAUCACUGCGGGAAUUGGCGCGGUUCAUUGUCGACGUAAUAUUUCCCUACCGUUCCGUGUUCACUGAUUGGCAACAACGCGCUACCGACCGUAAAACCGAGCUCCGAAUUUUCGUUUUAUUUCGAAGUGCGGCGUACGGAAAGUCGGUGAGAAACAGGUUUGAAACUGGUCGAUUUUAAUGACGUAUUGUACAAUUUAUGGUAAAAAUAUCGAUAAACGGAGUCGAACGUUGCCUGUAAGUUUUCUUUCCAACGAGAAUACAGUAACCACCGAAAUCCGACCGCACUCUACGGACUGCGGGGCACGCAGCUUUUUCCCGCAAGGCUUGGUUUUUGAGCUAAAAAACACACGACGACAUUAAUCAAAAUAUUUUACUUAAAGGCUUUUUUUUUUUUUUUUUUUUAUAAAUAUAUUUGUGUGGUAUAUAAUUGUAACGGUUUUAUUUUAAGAUACGGCCGUGUCAGUAUGAUGGACGAUAAUGGUGCAGGUAGCGCAGUCGAAUUAUCCGACACGAAUAAACAAUUCGUACGAUGUCUUGCGAAAAUGACCGACUUGAGGCGAAUUAUAUCACCAUACGCCGAAGAUUUGGUGAUUUUCAUUACGGUUAUUAUUACAACGACGGUGCGGUAUAUUUUAGUUGCAAUAAUUUCUCGAUUCGAUUUUGUAUUAAACGCAGGGACAAAAAACUGCAAGAGUUGACAUCGCGGUCGCAACAUGUGUACAGUUAAUUAAACAGUUAUCGGUGCUAUGGACAAUCGCAAUAUUUUGUUUUUAA